CACACGGACGCGAAUCGUGAACAGUGCUUCGGACCGUGGAAGAUCGCGCGUAGAAAACGGCUUUCUAAAAGUGUAACAAAUAAUCUGAAAGCUGUCCCGAAAUGCUGUGUGAAAUGUGAGCUAGAAAAGCGAAGAUCAAUAGCAAAGCCGGCAAGGAAAGUGGUGGAAGAAGGCACAUCGGUGGGCAGAAGUGAUCGUGUUCAACCGGAAGCAUAAUAAUAAUUCGCAAAUAAUCCAGUGGGUGCCGGUUUGCUUUUGUCGGUGGCUGUUUGUAUGCCUGCUCGGUUAUUCAUCGCGGUGCGCAAGUGAUCCAGCAGGGUUGAGGCAUCCUUUUAAAUUAAGUUAUUUUUUGUUUUAAUUUUAAGUUUGGUUCUGUUUGUCAACAAAAGAAAACAGAACCCGUUGUGUUAGUGCCCUUGCGUUUCUGGUAAUGUGUAGUGGUGCGGUGUGUUGGCGUGUGUGUCUGCCAGGGGCAUGAUAGUUACCCCUCGAUUGGCUUCACGACUCAAUACUAGCGGAGGCGGUAUCGGUGGUGGCCGUUGCCAUCGUUGCAACGCCAUCGAUUCCAUUACCACCACCAGUGGUAGCAGCAACAGCAACAGUACGGAUCGUUACGACGAACGUACGCUGUACGGACAACGUGCAACCGGAACAACGCGGCGGGACAACGGUAACAUCUGCCGCAGCAACUUGUUGAUCGGUAGUGACAGCGGCGCACCGUGUGGCGAUACCAUCACACUGCAUCACACUGCGGUCGCUGGACAGGACGUGCUCGGGAAGGUUGUAAAUCGGAGAGCAAAGGUGGAAAGUUUACCGUGCGGUGGCAGUUUCAGUUGCAACACGCUAACGGCCGCAGCGUUCGAAGAUCGUUCGGCAGCUGGGUACGGCGAUCGUUACCCGGCCAGGGCACAGCAACCGGUCGACCGGUCGAGCGGUGGUGCGGGCGCUGGUGACGUGUUCGGCGGUGGGAUUUCCGCAACCGGCAACACGUACCGAACGGGCGCAACGGAAGAAGCGGCGGCAACGUUUGCGGAAGUUGCACGUCCCGGUGGUGGCAGUGCGGUUGGCAGAGAAGUAGCGGCGGGAUACGAAGGGAGUGUGGGUGGUGGUGGUGGUGGCGGCGGAGGCAUUAUCGGAGAAGGACGAGUGAGGCGCGGUACGACGACGAACGCCCAACGGCAGCAGCCGCAGCAGCAGGAACCGCUGGUGGAACCGAAAACGGCCAGUGGCGAUAGUGGUGGUGGCGGUGGUGGUGGUGGAGGUGGCGGAGGAUUGGGCGGUGCGCUGCAAGAGGGAGUACACAUCGUGCUGCCGGUGGCCUCGUACGUUGGGGUAGUGGGUAGCGGUCGGUGCCAGUACGGGCAGGGUGUUGGCGAGUCCGGUCCGGCCGUGGACGAUCCGAUCGGUGGCAUUGUGGUAGUGCAGGGCGGUGACUGUACCAGCAGUGCCGGUAGCAGCGGCGGAGGCAGCAGCGGUGCUGACGGUGUUGGGGGCAGUGGUAUUAUCAGUGGCAAUAGCGGUGCUGGCAGUAGCGCUAGCUGUAGCAGUACGUCGAGCGGUGGUAACGGCAUUGCCGGUUCGGUGGUGGUGCCAGAAGUGCUCGGCGGUAGCUCACAGUACGGCUCGAUCGGUACCGGGCGGGGGGAAGCGGGUCGUGACAGUAAGGAUCGGGAGGACGAGGGUGGCUCGAGUGGGAGCGGGGGGAGCGGCAAGCGUAUCCUUGCCGUGAACCGGAACAUCGACGAUCUGCUGUUCGGCAGCGAUCUCGACUCGCUGAUCAACGACAAUAUCAUUUAUGGCUUCAAAUCGCUAAAGGUUAGCCGUGCCCAGUCACAGGAUCAGCUGGACUAUCAGCAACAGCAGCAACAGCCGUUCUAUCACCAUUACCAUACGAAUCCGCUGCAUUUGCAACAGCAUUUACUGCAACAGCAGCAACCGAACACUACGACAACGCUCGGCUACCAACCGUACCAGCCGCAGCAACCACCAUCGCAUCCCGGUCAUCAUCAACAGCAGCAGCAACAGCAAUCACACAUUAGUCACUGGAUUGAAUCGGAAAUUAGAGCAAGCAACAGCAGCACCAUGUUGGCCGAUAAAGCGAAACAGAAAUUGGCAGCACAGUUUGCCUCCGGCAAUGUUCCUGACUCAACGCGGCAAAGGCAUCAUGCGCCGCUCUACGGAAGACUGGUUACAGAAGAACAUUUACCUGCCGUACAUCGUGAUAUACACCAGCGUUCGAUAAGCCCCACAUCAUCGACCGAUAUUCGGGCGAUGGAAGCCCGGAUACCGGUGCUUUUUCGAGAUCCCGCUACGGCCCCCCUGCGAAAGUUGAGCGUCGACCUGAUCAAAACCUACAAACACAUAAACGAGGUUUACUAUGCCAAAAAGAAGCGAAGAGCUCAGCAGACCCAGGGUGAGGACACGUCCCACAAAAAGGAGCGGAAGCUGUACAACGAUGGCUACGACGACGAGAAUCAUGACUAUAUCAUUAAGAAUGGCGAGAAGUUUCUCGAUCGAUAUGAGAUCGAUUCGCUGAUCGGCAAGGGAAGUUUCGGCCAGGUGGUGAAAGCGUUUGACCACGAGGAACGCUGUCAGGUGGCGAUCAAAAUCAUCAAAAACAAAAAACCCUUCCUAAAUCAAGCACAAAUUGAGGUGAAGCUGCUAGAAAUGAUGAACCGAGCGGACGCGGAAAAUAAGUACUAUAUCGUUAAGCUAAAACGACACUUUAUGUGGCGAAAUCAUCUAUGUUUAGUAUUCGAACUGUUAUCCUAUAAUUUAUUCGAUCUACUGCGCAAUACAAACUUCCGCGGCGUAUCACUGAACCUGACGAAAAAGUUUGCCCAGCAAUUAUGUACGGCGUUAUUAUUUUUAAGUACACCAGAAUUAAAUAUCAUACACUGUGAUUUGAAACCUGAAAAUAUACUACUUUGUAACCCAAAACGAUCAGCAAUUAAGAUAGUGGAUUUCGGCAGCUCCUGUCAGUUGGGACAGCGGAUAUAUCAGUACAUACAAUCACGCUUCUACCGGUCGCCAGAAGUACUGCUGGGGAUACCGUACGAUUUAGCAAUCGAUAUGUGGUCGCUCGGCUGCAUCCUAGUGGAGAUGCACACCGGUGAGCCACUGUUUUCCGGCUCGAAUGAAGCCGACCAAAUCAACCGGAUCGUGGAGGUGCUGGGUAUGCCGCCGAAGCACAUCCUCGACCAGGCGCACAAAACACGCAAAUUCUUCGAGAAACUCCCGUCGGACGGUAGCUACGUGCUGCGGAAGACACAAAACCAGCGAAAAUACAAACCGCCCGGUUCGCGCAAGCUGCACGAUAUUCUGGGCGUCGAGACGGGCGGACCGGGUGGCAGACGGCACGGCGAACCGGGCCACAGCGUAUCGGACUAUCUUAAGUUUAAGGACCUCAUCCUAAGAAUGCUGGACUACGACCCGAAGACGCGGGUUACACCGUACUAUGCCUUGCAACAUAACUUCUUCAAGCGAACCUCGGACGAAAGCACCAACACAGCCAACACGAUCAGCUCGCUCAGCACGAGCCCGUCGGUCAGCACGCAAGAUCAACCCAGCCAUGGUCUAUCAUUACACCAGCAACAAUCGUCACAGCCACAAAACCAACAGCAAACACAACCAAAAUCACAACAACAGCAGCAGCAGCAGCAGCAAACGCUUGUUCUACUGGCACAACCAGCAUCAGUCGGAUCGAAUGGGACGCACGGCGUCAGCAGUGCCAGUGUCGUGACCGGGAAUGGUGCCAUCACUGCAAGCAGCAGCGUUAGCAGUGGUAGUGCUACUGGUGUGAUAGUACCGAGCAGCAGUAAUGCAAUGGGAUCCGCUAAUGUAUCGUCCGCGUCUUAUCCGCUCGCCAUGGAUUGUGAUCCUCCCGUGACGUCUAAUCACAGCCAGUCCAUCGGUCAUCAUGCGAGUGCAUCUGCGGGCCGAUACCCAGGCACUGCUGUGCCUGCGUCUGGGGCAGCACCAUCACACUAUCAUCGGAGUCGAUACUUAGCUCAGCAGCAGCAGCAGCAGCAACAGCAGCAACAGCAAGGCCAACAUUUGCAAAAUUCAGCUACCCACUUAGGAGGCACAUCCGCGGUGCCAGGUGUGCUGGUUGGUGGUGUACACAAGAGUUACGCACCUGCUUCGUUACCACUCGAUCUCGGAACCCAUAUGGCUUCGUCGCUCGGUGGGCUUGUCAUACCGGAUCAUCAUUCAGCGGCAGCUACCAUGUCUGGGAGCUUUCUGGCCCACAAUUUACCGAUGGGUGGUGGUGUCCCCGGUAGUAUAGGCGGUAUGACGGUGGGAUCGGCUGGCUAUGCACCUUUUUCGAUGAAUGAUGCGAUGCUGAUGGCGGCAGCCGGUGCCAGUAUAAAUCCGGUAAACAUGGGUCCACACGGCGGUGCAAACAGUUUAGGCGUAAUCGGUGGUCCUAUCGGUUCGGGUUCCGGCGCCGGCCCAUCCUCGCUUAUCGUCGGAUCAUCAACGGCAGCGGCUGCCGCAGCUGCAGCUGCAGCAGCAGCAGCGGCGGCUGCCGCCGUCAGUGUCAGUAGCGGAGGCCAUCAUCUCAUCGGCAGCACUGGAAGUAGCAUUAGCAACAGUAGUAGUAGUAGUAGUAGCAACAAUGGUGGAGGAGGAAAUGGGACAGGUGGUACAGCGUCGGGAACCGCCAGUGGUGGUAGCGGUGGUUCGGGUGGAAACGGAACAGUUAGCAGUAGUACGAAAGGUCAUGGGCGAGGACCGCCGAGCGCACCGAGCGAUCGGGAUGAAUCGUCUCCUAUGGUUGGCGUAUGCGUACAACCGAGUCCAGUUAUCAUUCACUGAUACGAACAUACAUAUUCUCACCAACACGCUCAUACAUUUGCAUACAGAUUUGCAAUAACAAGGAAUAAAGUAUAGUUGCUACUAAUGGCCAAGAUACGAUCGGGAGACGAUCAGUUAGCGUAUGGUACGGGAUGUUAGCAGAUCAGCUGUUCAGAAUCGAGUUUCAUUUUACAGCAUAAUGAUCAUUACCUUGUUCCACACUAGGCAAACAUAUUAGCUACCCCAUCUUUUACACAUCGUUCGCAUUUCGACCGAGUGCCCGAGUUUCAUCCUAGAAUUAGUGAAGUUGGGCCCCUUCAGACUGGAAUUAAAAAAUGGCCCCGCUUUUCUCACCGAUACAGUGAGGGAGAGUGAAUCAACCGAUCCACCAUGAUAGCCUAAAUUGUAGUUGCAUUUGGGAGCUUUGAGCAAUGCAGACAAUUCCUGAGACGGAUGUUGCUCUACAGUUGCUGCUCAAAAGAUGGUAGAUCCGCGCGAAGAACCACAGCUAAUUAUUCACGAGCAUAUGUAGUGCGAAUGAGGGGGGCGAACAGUUUUUUCAAGAAAACAAAUGGUAAAACAAAAAUAAGCGAGAGUUUUUUGCUACUGGAUACUGCCAAGAAACAAUCGGUUUUUGGAGCAACAUGCGACAAUGUACACACAUCCAGAUGUAGGACAGAUGACGAUAUCUGCUCAGUUUUUUUUAAAGAGACACUUAAGAAGGAGACGGAUUUUAGAGAGCGAGUGGGGACGGGCGACAGUGCUGAUGCCCCCCCAAAAUGUCCAAAACGGUAAUGAUGUGUUCCGAAAGGUUUAAUGAAUUCCUAUUACUACCAAUGUCUGUGUUCUCCGAGAGGUCGGAAAGGUAGAGACGAUGAAGACGAUGAAGAAAUGGGCAGGUCGUGCGUGCACGUGUGUAGUGUUUUGUGCUGCAUCGUGCAACGGGACAAAACACACCCGUGAACCUGGUGAUGUGUUAAGAUAAUAGAACUGAGAACUGGUAUGAUGCAACACACGCAACGUGCUCCGCACAUCAAGCAGCUACGGUUCCGUGGAUGAAGGGUUCGUUUUAUAUCCGGCAAUAGUUAAUCCGAUUUCAUCAUUUUUCCAUUUUUAUGUCGCUAAGGUGGUACUAGAAUAACUUCAGUAUCAAUUUCUCAAUAGCCCAAAGAAGUUCGCAGGGAUACUAUAGCUUAAAGGAAAGUGUAAGUGCAAUUGAAAUUUUUCAUGGAAUUAAAGGAAGAUUAACGUUCUUUAGCGCGAGAGUGAUGCAUUCAAAGGCCCUUUCGGAUGGUUUACAAACAAAGAUAAACAGGCGCUGAACGCAUGAUUCUUUAGAUGUGCUUUUCUUUUGCCUUAUUAUCAGGGACUAUUCCGGUUUUAAUGCAAGACUUAAAUGAGACAAGGUGAUCAGUAAACAUGUUCUAUAAUCAAGAACAAUUUCUAUUAUAACAGAGUUCCUCAAGCGUUGUUUUUAAUACUUUUGUGUUUGAUUGCUUUGCAACAGGAUGAGUUAGUAUAUUUGGUGCUGAAAUUGUAUUGUUUCAACCUAAACAAUCAGCGUUACUAGAACUUGAUCACGUUGGAUCAACUGAUGAUAAACCCAACAAAUCGUUAACCUCAGUCCAUUUAAUUGGAAUAAAACAUUAUGGUCGGAUUAACUAUUCAAAUUCAAAGGAAUUGUGUUGUCAAAGCGCGAUUCUGCGUAUUGGGGAACUGAUGAUCAUCAGAAUAUUUUGAGAUGGAAGCAUCUUUUGGAGAAAACUAUGCGACGAAAUAGCGAUCGUUUCUGUCACGGCGAACGGAAUAAAAUCUGUGUGCCUGUAUACUGCUAACUAUUGUCUGUAACCGAACACGAUUGUGUGUGUGUGUUCUUGAUCUGGAAGGCUAAACCGUGGAAGGUGGAAUUGCGCUUGUUGCUAUUUUAUUUCACGGAACCUGAUCGUGCAGUGCUGAAUAAACCGAAUAUGGCCAGCGACAUUAGAGAGCAGCGUGUGUGCGUGCGUGGAGUGGUGGUGAAAACGGUUGAUGUAGUAAGAGAGAGAGAGAGAGAGAGUGAGAGAGAGAGAGAAAGAGAGAGAGGAGGUAGGCUUAGAAUAAAACGAGUAAGACUAGGAAAAUUGGGGACUGAACGUGCGUUUUAUGUGCAGAGAUGGUUUUUGGCCCUGUUUUUCUGUUUCCAAACAAACAUCGAUAAAGGCAAUACGCGCAACCUGGUGUGCAGCAAAUUCUGAGUUGGGAAUAGGAGUAUGGCAAACCACCCAUUCGAUGUGUGCUUGCACAUACUCCCUUCCCGGCCCGGCUAGAAUGUUGUUGGGUACACUUAAAAUGAAUAGAAAGCACGCAUAUGUAAAGGUGAAUAAAAAUGAUUGUACAUAUUAACUGAUUAGCACUAAUGAUGAUACUAUCAAUAAUUAAAUUAGUAAUAUUAUUAUUAAAAGAAAAAGAAAAAAACCAGAAGAAAAAGAAGUAAAAGAAUGUAAAUGCAACAAAAAAUUGUAAGUCAAAUGAUGGUAUGGUUGCAGCAACUGUAACGCAAACAUCGCGAAAGUGUGAAGUAUAACAAUCUAUGGGAUUACGUAUGCAACACACGCAAAAAACACAUACACACAUACAAUACAUUUAAGUAAGAAAAUGAAGAAAAUAACAGAGAAAACGCAAAAAAAUAUUAUAUUGUAAGUGAAAAAUACUAGAUCAAAUAACUAAAGAAAGUAAAUUAAUUAAAUUAAUGAUACUAAAGCGAAGGAAAGGGAAGAAAAAAAAUCAUUCAUAAAUUAGCAACAAAACAAGAAAAACAAAGGAAAAAAAACUGCAGCAUAAGAAAUUGGCAACAGUGUUUGCAAGCAAAGCAACUAAAGAAAUACGAAAAAAUGUAACAUAUAUUUUGGACAACAAGUACAGUACUGUAUCACAAGUGAAUGGUAAAAUACAAUCGGUAUGACAAAAAGCCAGGUUAAAACCAGAAGAUUAGACAAAACAGUUACACAUCCCAUAAGCCCGCGUGAACAUAGACAGGUACAAGACACAAAAUUACACACUCUUUUUCACGAAAAUUGUGAAAAGGUAACGGGAUUUAGUAAGUAAUUUAGUAUGAUCAACCACACACGCGAAUGAACAACUGUGAAUGAAUGCAAUACACACUGAUCCCACUCAUAAGAAAAGAUCAACACACACAAAGAAAGAAAGAAAUAGUACGCGUGUCAGAAAGAUCAUGCAAAGAUCGAUGGCAAAACGUUGGCCCUCCCCCGGGGCCAAAAGGGUGCGUUUAGGAGCAAUGCGUUUUACUCUAUUAUACUUUUGUGUACGCGAGUGUGUUUGGCGGUUGUGUGCUGUGUGAUGUAUUGUUUUUAUUUUGUAAGCAAAUGGGCAAAUAUAGGCGCCUUUACUCAGUAGACCGUGUAAAGAAAUUUACCACACAAAACAAAUACACACAGAUGGAGAAAAGUAAACCAGUAUAACAAAGCACCAUUUGGAAAUGUGAAACGCAUUGCGGGUGUGGCAUUAAUGUGGAAAAAUGCUAGAGAGAGAAAAAAAAACAAGAAAACUAAAGAUACAAAAACAAACAAACGAACAUUUCAACUAAUCCGCAUCGUGUGGUGUGUGAUGAUCCGAAUAAACGUGAUUGUUACCGUUUGCCCGUUUCCCUUGGUUACGUACCCGCACACCAGUGUUCAUAUGCUGCUUUGAUCUUCAGUUUUGGCUAUGUUUCGUCAGUUGUUUUAUUAGUUUGUUUCGUGGUUUGUUGUUUUGCGUUUAUAUGUUUUAGUUCUGUUUCUUCGCAUGUUGGUUCAUUCAUUUAUAGGACAUGGCAGCAUUUGGUGUGUUCUGUACACAAUCACCAGUUUAUACCUUUUGUUUGUUUUUUUUCGUUUUAUAUUUGCUAACGCCCCGGGGGAAAUAUGGGUUUAAGUAAAUGCUGUCACCGCGUUGCAGGAUUUAAUGGAAAGAAAUUAGAGUAUGGUGUAAUAAGGAUGAUUUUUUUUGCCAGUUUUACGGUCGCACGAUCACAUCCAUGCGCGAAGAGCAGUGAGAAUUUAAGUUUUGUUUUUCUUAUUGGAAAAUAUUUUACACAACAAAAAGAAAGAGAGAGCGAGAACACAAUAAGUUAGCGGUCGAGUUCAAUGUGGUGGAAAAUGGUAGUUCAACGCGUGUUGGAAAACGGAUCUAAAACACCCAGGAUAUAUUGUCGUACCGUGGGUGGAUUGUAGGGACAAAAAAUCCUUCUCCCGAUACCCAUUCUCCUAACCUCCGCUCUCCCCUCACUGGGUAACGAUAAAUGCAAUAAUAUUAAGACAAGUUUUCUUACAACAGUGCGAAUAGCAGGAGAGUAAGAGCGGCUUGUGCGUGCUUGCAACACACAGGCGUAAAAUUGCCACCGGAAAAUCGUAGGGAUAUAUAGAGGACAAGCCUGAAGGGUUUAACUGCUUGAGGUUAUUAAGGAAUAAUCGUCAAAUAAAAUACACACGAAACACACGCAAAAAACGAAACAAACAAAAAUCCCAAAUGAAAAUGAUAACUGCCGGUACGAAUGAUGUAAUAAUAAAGCAACUAUAGAUAAUUAUGUCGCGAACAAGAAGAUAUGUACAGUUAGGUUGGGGAGGAUGCAUUGUGUAAGAUCAACAUAAGACAACAACAAAAAUACAACCCGUAAAUCAGUAACUUUAGCAGUCAGCAUUAGCGAUUGUGAAGAAGGGAAGACAAAGAAGAAGAAAACACAUACACACACAAACGUGGAAGAAGCAUACAUUAUUAUAUUUAUAUUCUAUACAAACUCAUUUGCCACACAACCAACCCCCCAAAAAACUACACAACCAUACAUUUGCAUACAAAAAAAAAAAUACAAACUACACAGGAACGGAUUUUCCGGUACACUUUUAAGCGAGAUGUGAAUGCGGUUAAGAAUACCUUUUUGAAGCGAAAAGCGGAGUGAAGCCUUGCCAGAAUUCCCGUGAACGCAGUGAAUGAUGUGAAGGAGCUUGAACCGAUAAACCCCGUCGUGUGAGUGGAAAUGCUAAGGAAAUUGGGGUACAACUUUUGCCGCGUUCAACACCAUCAAUACAAAACAAAGAAUCCAGUUUAAAAUGGUACAAGGACGGAAAAGCUACUAAGCAAAGCUUGGACUUGGUGGGUACAAAUUUGGGGUACAAGACUAUUAGGACGACGUGAUGUGUGUCAGAUAAAAACAAAUGAAAAAGAACAGCUGUAAAUUAUCAACAACGAUUUGCACAAGAAUUGUUGUAAGUAUCUUUUUACAGUAAAACAAAGAAAUGCUUAAAUGAAUGGAUCCAAAUGAAAUGAGGACAAAGAAAAUCAAAGAACGCUAAACUGAUGAUAGGAGCGCGUGUAACCGCCGCGUAGCAAUAACCCGAGACAGACGAGUUACGAGUUUAGGAAGAGAAAACAGUAGAUAUAACGCGCGAAACGUGAUGAAUGUGAAGCAGAACAAAUCAGUGUGUAAGCCAAUGGAUGUAACGCAUCGGCUGAUGGUUACAAAAAAGACUAGCAAAAAUGCAACAAGCCAGAAAACACGAAUAACGAUACCACGCACGAGGAAAAGAACCCAUAGCGUGAACAGCAUUGGAAAAGGGAUGAAUCAUUCAACUCCCUGCAAAAACCGUUUAUGCCCAAUUGCGAGAUGAAAUGAAGAUGAAAACUGUUCCAAAAGCGUGAGGCAAUGUAUGUGCACAACACACUAACGUGUUGUAGGCAUACUGAUUGAAUAGAAAGUAAGAACAAAAAAGCAAAAGUGAGAAACAAAAGUGAAAAAAGAAAACAAAAUGGUGUAAAGACACGAUAAAACAAAGCAAACCGAACACACGAAGAGGUAGCACGCACGAGCCAGAAGUGUACGAAAAGAAUGCGAACGAGAAAAGAAGUAAAACAAUGGGAAAGAAAUUUUGAAAAAUAUCUGAUCCAAGUGUGUGCGUGUUGUAUUUAACCUCCUCCCCGGUUGCCCUGGCAACAGUGAUGACAGAAAGUGAUAUUGGACAAUUUUUCCAGUGUGUCGAAUUGUGUAUUUUUAUUCGGAAACAUGUACUUAUUUUCUGUUUUAGAAGUUAACCUGCGGACGAUAGUGUUUCUGCAGUUUGUUUGCCUUUACGCCCACCUGCUGCAUAAGUUUGGCGUGCUGUCGCUUCAUCACGUGCAUAUCGCGAGCGUUCCGUGCUGCUGCCUCUUGCUGUGUCGAUGUCCAGCCGAGUGAUCGAUACUGUGCCAACACCUUGUGUAGUUUCUGGGUCGAUUUCUUCACCACA